AUGUCGCUCACCGACUCGGAACUGGAGCUGGUCAGCUCGCAGCUGCAGCGGGAGAACGACGAUAUCCCCGAGGAGCCCGACAUGAUCCUCUCAUCAGACGCCGAGAACGGCCAGGCGUUUGCUCCACCACCACGGAUCGCUGCCCGCUUCUAUCGCCAUACAAGCAACCGUCGCAAGUCUUCGGCCACCUCGUCCCGCCGAAACUCGCUGUCCUCGACACAUUCGCACACGUCCAAUCGCUCGUUCCGCAACAGCUGUCAGAGCCACCAUGUAGCCCAGCAUCUCCGCCGUGCCUCUAUACUCGAAGAUCGCAAGGCAAGGCUAGCAGACCGGGCAGCGCAUGCCGAGCAGGUCAGGCUACGUGCUGCCCUGGCCAAGGCUACCCCACGUGGUUCCAACAGUGAAGAGAGGGCGUUGGCAGCACAGCAGGCUCGUGAGAAACAUCUGGCACAAGUAGCCGCUUCCUGUGCUGAGGAAGUGAGGAGGGCCAAGAAGAUUGCCGAAGACAUGAAAGAGCGCAAGGCCGCCGAGGAACGACGAUACCGCACCGAGAUGGAGGAGAAGCUAGCAGAAGCUGAGAAACGCAGACUGGAGUACAAGCGCAACCCCAGACGACCACGGACCGCAAGCUCGCCCCCCGCUGAUAUCAAGAUACGGACCGAGCGCCCCAUCGUGUCGACGGAAGAUGCUGCCAAGAGGAUCCAGGCUGCCUGGAGAGGCAAAGUUAGGAGCAGUAUUGUCACCGAAUGGCUCCAGCUCGGUCUAUCCAUCGAGAUGGUCCAAGAGACCAGUUUCGAAGUUAUUACUGGCAUGCUCGCAGAUGAGAAGCUGCUCAGGACCACCGAUAGAAUCAUGACACUGUUCGUGCUACUUCCAGACGCAGAUCCAGCCUCCCGUAGCGCUGCCGUCAGAACCUUCCUCUCCGCGUACCUCAUCCUUGGACAUCCCACACAUGUUUUCAGUCGAGACGGCGAUCAGGAACAGGAUCUCAUUACCAAAGCCAAGGACCUCGUCAUCAGCUUCGAGUCUGCUCUGGCAAAACUAACAAAGCUCAACUCGUACACCCCCUCACCCACGCGUACAGAAACUGUACUGCUCGCUCAUGGCGCGUUUGUUACCGCUUUCAAUGACUGGAAAGCCCGCGACUCCUCCGCGCUUAUCGAAACAAUGGUAGCUUCGUUUGUUAGCCUCGACGAAAUAUGGCAAAGUGUCAAAGAUGCGACGGUCGAUGAGGUUGCAAACGAGUACAGGAAUGGCAUCAGAGACAACCAGGCUAUUCUACUUAGUAAAAUCAAGAAGUUGGCGGGGCCUGACAAGGCUCUUACCUUGAUCAGGAAGGCCAUACGCGAAAGCCGAAGGUCAAGGCCAAAGAAGAGGCUCGCAGGAGACACUGUACGACCGCGUGUUGCAAGCGACUCAACACCAGAAUCUCCGCUAUCAGCCGAUAGUGCGGCCAAGCAGGCUGAAGCUGCUUCAGAGCUUGCAGCUUCUGGACAAUCUGGGCUCCAAGAUUCCACUGCUCAGGGCCACCAGGCACAGUCGCUGUCCAAGGUCUUCACUGUCGUGCCCGAUAAUCGCAUUCUGGUUCACGAACUCUCUAUUGACAAAGACUACCGCAUCGAUCCUUCGCCGACGGCUGACUUGCGCGAUGCUCUCAACCGUGAGCUCUGCGACGCAAUGCGGCGAGGGUUUGAAGAGGGUGACAGCACAAACUGGACUGCUGCCAUGGCGGAGAACAUACGGGGAAAGCUGCUGCGGCUUCUGAAACCUGGCAACUCAAUGCACACACUCAUUUCCGAGACUCUAGAUCCGGAGCAUAUCAGCAGGCAGUGCAGUCAAGGUGUCUUCUCUUAUGAGAAAUUCUUUGAUUUUAUUGCUAGCAUUCUUCCAAAGCUUUGCGCACCCUUUCGAGACACCGAAGUUCAGUUGCUUGCUGAGGAGCUGCAAGAGGAAGGUGAACUUUCAAGCAUGAUCGAGAAGCUCUUCAAGGUCCUUCAUAUCAUCGAUCUUUUGUCCUUGGACUAUUCAAACUUCCUAUUGAUGAACGCCGCACCGACACUCAUCAAAGAGGCUGUUGGGUACGAGCAACGCAUGUUCACUCAGGAUCUGGAGGAAAACAACCUUACUCUCGACCGCACACGCAGAUGGUGGCGCAGCGCAGCAGUCAACAUGCAUACCGAAGCUGACCGUCGUGACCCUUGGAGUCAGGCAAACCCCAUCAAUCGCCCUACAGCGCACAAGAUUUACGCUCGUGGUCUUGUCGACCUCGCAAUCGCUACGCCGCCACUGCGAAGCUCUGAGCUGCCGGAGACGCUCGAACUAGAUCGUGCACGCAUCUCCCGCAUUCGCGAGGACGCACUUCGCAUAACAACGAUCGGGGGUAUCUUGCUUACGGCAAAGAAUCUACUCAAACGCGACGUGCGCGCACAGUGGAAGUCUGAAGCCAACAAAAUGUGGUUGGUGCUGAAGGAGAACGGAUACAUGUCAGACCCUUCUACUCCCUCGAAGAUUUCUUCUCUUCUUGAGUCGUCUCGCAACAUGCCACCGUCAACGCGCUCCCAGCUCUCCUCCACGAUCACGCGUCUUCUUACGCAAGCUGAAGCUGGCAAGCUAUCCGACCCUGUGAUGAAGGUCUUGUUCCAAAGACUCAAGACUCACAUCUUCAACCGGGUAAGCGCCAGCAGUUCUGGCGAGCGCGUCAAAGCUGCUAGCACCGCCACCGAAGGACUUGCUACUACUGGUCUGCCAGAGUUCGUGUCUCAAGUCGCGGAUAUCUGUGAACAGCUUGGCAAAGUUGGUGAAGUGGACCGCAAAUGCCAUGGCAAGUGGUAUGAGGAGAUUGCCGAGGAGAUGGAGAGGCUAGGCCUUGAAGGAGGCGAAGAAUUGACCAGGAGCUCGAGUGCUGAUAGCGAGGCUGUCGCCUCGACGAGCUCUGAUUCUUCUGUGUAA